AUGGUAAAGGCCCUCAAAUUCCAAUCCCCACUCGUGAUUCGCUUUCCCAAAAACUCUAGAAGUUGCUGCCCUUUACCCAUCUCCCUCCUUUUCUCCUCACAACCCGUUCCACAACAAAAUCUAGAACAAGAGCGUCAUAGCUCAUCCAUCUUAGUCUCCAGAGUAUGCGAAAUCCUAUCCAAUCGGAGAGUCGAAUGGAGGCGAAGCUCGGAGCUAGAGUCCUUGAGCUCGAAGAUCAAACCCCACCAUGUUGCCAAAAUAAUCGAAACCCACAAUAGCACCGACUUAGUUUUGCAGUUUUUUUAUUGGGUUUCUAAGAGGCCUUUCUACAAACAUGAUUUGAGCUGUUAUGUUUCUAUGUUGAAUAGGCUGGUUAUAAAUAAGAUUUUAACGCACGCGGACCAUGUUAGGAUUCUUUUGAUUAAAGCCUGUAGGAAUGAGGGAGAACUUAGAAAGGUUCUUGAUUUUUUGAAUGAGAUUACUAAAAUGGGUCUUUCUUAUAGUCUGUACAGUUUUAAUACUUUGUUGAUUCAAUUAGGCAAGUUUGAUAUGGUGGUCACGGCUCAGAAUGUGUAUAAGGAAUUGUUGAAUAGUGGGAUCAAACCAAAUAUGUUGACUUUGAAUACAAUGAUUAAUAUCUUCUGUAAGAAGGGGAAGGUUGAAGAGGCUGAAAUUAUAUUGAGUCGCAUGUACCAGUAUGAAAUGUUGCCGGAUGUGUUCACAUACACGUCAUUGAUUCUUGGGCAUUGUAGAACUAGGAAUUUAGUUAAGGCAUUUGUUGUUUUUGAUCAGAUGGUAAAGAAGGGUAUUGAUCCGAAUUCGGUAACAUAUACUACUCUUAUCAAUGGACUAUGUGAAAAUGGAAGAGUGGACGAGGCACUAGGCAUGAUAGAGGACAUGUUUGAGAAUGGGAUUGAACCAACCAUAUAUACCUACACGGUGCCUAUUACAGCAUUGCUUGCAGUUGGGCGCAUGAAUGAUGCUAUCAAUCUAGUAGCUAGCAUGAAAAAGAGAGGUUGCCAUCCCAAUGUUCAAACAUAUACUGCUCUUAUUAGUGGGUUAGGCAAAUCCAGUCAACUUGAGGUAGCGGUUGGAUUGUACCACAAGAUGUUGAGAAAGGGCUUGAUGCCAACGGCAGUCACAUAUAAUGCUUUGAUAAAUGAACUGUGCAAUGGUGGGAAACUUGAUACUUCCUUUAGAAUUUUUCAUUGGAUGGAGGGACAUGGUUACUUGCCAAAUGCUCAAACCUAUAAUGCUAUGAUAAAGGGUCUCUGUAUAAUUGGAAAUAUUGAGAGGGCGAUGAUUCUAUAUAACGAAAUGCUUAAGGUAGGUCCUGCACCUACAGUGAUUACAUACAAUACUCUCAUUAAUGGAUACCUGAAAAGGGGUUUUCUGGACAAUGUUUUGAGAUUGCUAGAGGUGAUGAAGGCAAGUGGUUGUCAACCAGAUGAAUGGACAUAUGCGGAACUUGUUUCAGGGUUUUGCAAAGGGGGGAAGCUUGAUAAGGCUUCUGCACUUUUUCAGGAAAUGAUGCAACGAGGUUUGAGCCCAAAUCAGGUGAACUAUACCACUUUGAUAGAUGGCCUUUGCAAGGAAGGGAAAGUUGACGAUGCACUGAUACUAUUUGAAAGAAUGCUCAAGAUUGAUUGUGAUCCAGAUAUUGAGACUUACAACUCGGUUAUAAAUGGUUUGUCGAGAGGGAACAGGCUUUCUGAAGCAGAGAAACUAUGCAAUAAGAUGGUAGAAAGUGGGCUUCUUCCAAAUGUGAUAACGUACACAACCUUAAUUGAUGGUCUGUGUAAGAAUGGUGGAACACAUCUUGCAUUCAAGAUUUUCCAUGAAAUGGAGAAAAGGAAUUGCUUACCAAACGUGUACACUUAUAGUUCACUAAUCCAUGGAUUAUGCUUGGAAGGCCAGGCUGAUCGUGCAGAGAUGUUACUUGAAGAAAUGGUGAGCAAAAAGUUAUCUCCUGAUCAGGUCACAUAUACUUCAUUGAUUGAUGGGUUUGUCACCCUGGGUAGAGUAGAUCACGCAUUUGAACUUCUUCAUCUGAUGGUACAUGCGGGCUGCAAACCGAACUACCGAACAUACUGUGUGUUGCUGAAAGGGUUGCAAAAGGAAUGUCAGAUGCUUGCAGAAAAAGUUGCAGUUCAACAUGAAACAGUGUACAACUGCAAUGUAGAUGAGAAGGAUUUUACAUAUGAUACUUUAUGUAAUCUCUUAGUUAGGUUGUCUGAGAUUCGCUCUGAACCUUCUGUUGACACAUAUUGCUGUUUAAUUGCUGGCCUCUGUAGGGGUGGCAAAUUGUACGAGGCAGAACAGUUGGUUAAAUAUAUGAAAGAGAAAGGGCUAUGUCCCAAUGAUGCAAUUUAUUGCUCUCUCCUCAGUGCUUACUGCAAGUGUUUGAGAGUGGAGCCUGCUCUAGAAGUAUUUAAUUUACUGGUUGUCAGAGGUUUCAAUCCUCCUUUAUCAAUGUAUAGACAACUUAUUUCCUCUCUUUGCAAGAUAAAUUGGGUCAAAGAGGCCGAAAUUUUGUUCGAGAACAUGCUUGAGAAACAAUGGAAUACUGAUGAAAUUGUUUGGACUGUCUUGCUUGAUGGAUUGCUCAAGGAGGGGGAAUCAAAAGUAUGCUUGAAGCUUCUUCAUACUAUGAUCUCUAGGAAUUGCUCUAUCAGUUUGCAGACAUAUGUCAUACUGGCAAGAGAAUUAUCCGAAGUUGACCAAUCUAUUGAUAUGAACCAAGUUGCUGAUAAAUUGCAAAGCUUAAGAAAAAACAAACCAGGCUGA